CCACGACGGAUUUACAAUUUGUAAAAUUUGUCAAACUGAAAUUAGUGCCUGGAUUUUCGUUUUAAGCAUUAAAAUUAUACAACAAAUAUCGAGAAAACCAAUUGCGAAAAUGCCAAAGAUUAAACUGCAGUCCUCGGAGGGCGAUAUCUUCGAUGUCGACAUGGAGACCGCAAAGUGUUUGGGAACUAUCAAGUUUAUGCUCGAGGAUUGCAAGUUGGAGAAUGAUGAGAAUGAGACCAUUGUGCCCCUGACGAAAGUGAAUUCCUUUGUUUUGCGGAUUGUUCUGAACUGGGCCGAAUACCAUAAGGACGAUCCUGAACUUCCUGAACAUGAUCUCGGCCCAUGGGACGCUGAUUUACUUAAGGUAGACCACGGCACACUCUUUGAGCUAAUAAUGGCCGCCAACUAUCUGGAUGUCAAGGGUUUGCUCACGCUGUGCUGCAAGACCGUGGCCAACAUGAUCAAGGGCAAGACUCCAGAGGAGAUGCGUCAGACUUUCAACAUCACGAAUGACUUCACUCCCGCCGAGGAGGCGAUGCUCCAAGAGAACGAAUGGAACGAAAUGGAGUGAGACGGGCUUACAUAGCGGCGGUGGACCAUCAGAGCUCUCGGCAGAUGGCUGAUUGCAUAAUUCAAACUAAAAAUGAAAACGGCUUAAAAA